AUGAACCAGCAAAGAGUUACCUAUGCAGAGCUGAAGCUGGCAAAGGACUCAAAAAGGCCACAAGUGAAACCUAAAGAGAGUAAAAGGUCCACUACUGUGACGGAGCAGGGAGUAACCUAUGCAGAAUUAAGUCUUCACAAUGCUGCUCGGGAUCCUCAGAAGAAUGGCAAGUCCUGUCACCUCAGAGGCUUAGCAGCACCUCCAGAGAAGUGCAUUGCUGGGAUCUUGGGACUCACCUGCCUUGUCUUCAUAGGCAUUAUUGUGCCAGUGUGGAUUAUUUCCCCUACUACUCAAAAGCCAGAGCAGAAUGAUUUCUCCUCAGAGCAGAAUGAUUGCCCAAACAUCACUAAUAGCCAGAAAGCUACUACUGAAGAUCCAGAGAGGAGUGAUUCCUCCACAGUAACAAACAGCCAGAAAGCAUGUCAUUGUGGCCCUUGUCCAAAGGAGUGGUUUACGUACUCCAACAACUGCCAUUACUUUAGUGCUGAACAAAAAACCUGGAAGGAGAGCGUGAAGGUCUGUCAGAGUAACAAGUCUCAGCUGCUCUACAUAGACACUGAGGAAGAAAUGAAAUUUAUGAACUCCAUGUCAGUUUCAUCAUGGAUUGGAGUCUACCGUAACGACAGCGAUCAGCCAUGGACAUUUGUAAAUGGGUCAACUUCACACCUAGA